AUGAGAUAUCGGAGCCUGGCUGCACUUGACGACCAAUAUCAAUAUCAUCAAUGGUGUAACCAUGAUCAGUGGACGAUACAAUCAUUCUGGCUGACUCUGGAAGCUUCAGAUCAAUUGAAACCCGAAGGAAUGAUCACGGCAAAGGUAACCAUGGACGAAGUGGUUGAAAAGCGCUUCAGGACGCUUCUCGAAGAUCGGGGUGAAUAUUGCAAGAUACUGGUCGAUGUACAGGCAUCAUGA